CCUGCUCUCCUUCCCUUGUCUUGGCCCAGUUACAUUUGUGAGUUGAUAUCACUGUACCUGGGCUAAAACAUUCAAGGUUAAUGGAACAUUACUGAGGUGGUUUUCGUCAGAGUCAUAUCAGACUAAAAAUGGAUGAAGGCGACAUCAGGAAGAGGAAGGAGUCACAGAAUGGCUCCACCGGCCACAACGUGGACUGUCAGACUAAAGAUAAGCAGCCUGUGAAGGCUACUGUGCUUCAAAAAGAUGUUGGUCUGCUGAGUGCCAUCUGUCUCAUUGUGGGGACAAUGAUUGGCUCGGGCAUCUUCAUUUCUCCUAAGGCUGUUCUGCUUUACUCUGGAGCUGUGGGACCCUGCCUCCUAAUCUGGGCUGCCUGUGGCGUGUUAGCCACCCUGGGAGCACUGUGCUAUGCUGAGCUCGGCACCAUGAUCACCAAAUCAGGGGGAGAGUAUUCGUAUUUAUCAGAGGCUUUUGGCUCCGUCGUAGCCUACCUUUACUCCUGGACGACUGUAAUGGUGCUGAAGCCGUCCUCCCUCGCCAUCAUCACUCUGAGCUUUGCAGAAUAUGCCUCAACUCCUUUCUACCCCGGCUGUACUCCUCCUCUUGUUGUCACCAAGUGUCUUUCAGCAGCAGCUAUAUUUUUGAUCGUGGGCAUCAACUGUUUGAGCGUCAAACUGGCUAGCUACGUGCAGAACUUCUUCACUAUAGCCAAACUUUUCAUCAUUCUUGUCAUUGUGGUGGCUGGCAUGGUUAUGUUGGCACAAGGAAACACGGAGAAUUUGUCAAAUGCAUUUCAUGGCACAUCAUCGUCUGUUGGAGCGGUCGGACUGGCGUUUUAUAACGGGCUUUGGGCUUAUGAUGGAUGGAAUCAACUGAAUUUCAUUACAGAAGAGCUGAAAGACCCAUAUAGGGACUUGCCACUGGCCAUCCUCAUUGCGAUCCCUUUGGUUUCUGUGUGCUACGUGUUGGUCAACGUUGCUUACUUCACUGCUAUGACCACCACUGAACUGCUGUUGUCUCCAGCUGUUGCCGUGACUUUUGGAGACAGAGUCCUUUACCCUAUGUCUUGGAUCGUUCCUCUCUUUGUUGUCUUCUCUACAUUCGGCUCUGCCAAUGGAAGCUGCUUCACCGCUGGCAGACUGGCCUAUGUCUCUGGUAGAGAAGGUCACAUGGUGAAAAUCUUAUCCUAUAUUAGCCUGAAGCGCUACACUCCAGCCCCUGCUCUCAUAUUCAACGGUAUUUUAGCUAUUUUCUACAUUAUCCCAGCAGACAUCAACACCCUCAUCAACUACUUCAGCUUUGCUCAGUGGGUGUUUUAUGGCCUGACAGCACUGGCUCUCAUAGUCAUGCGUUUCACCAGGAAGGAGCUCCAUAGACCAGUAAAGGUGCCGAUUGUCAUCGCAGGCCUCAUGGUCCUGGUGUCCUGCUACUUAGUCCUGGCUCCCAUCAUUGAUAAGCCAGAUCUGGAGUACCUCUACUGUACCGUCUUCAUCUUCAGUGGACUUCUCCUCUACUACCCUUUCGUCUACCGGAAGGUCAACUGGGCACAAAACAUCAUGAGACCCAUCACCAUGCAUCUCCAGCUGCUGCUGGAAGUAGUUCCUUCUGAGAACACUUAUUGAGAAAGUACAGAACUGACCACCAGAUCAAACGUCUGUUGCUUGUCGUGAAACAUGUUGAAGCUGUUUUUUUUGGAAAGAGCGUGCUACAAAUUUGGUGCCCUUAGUGGAUCAGAGCCAAACAUCAGAGCUCACCUCUUUUGAAAAGCUGCAUGACAAAAGUACGUGCGGUGGUCGUGAACCUGCGUACACGUGUCAGAUGAAAUCAUUUGUCAUUUGGGUUCAAGGAUGAAAGAAGAGGAUUCAUGUUUCUAGAGAGUGUCUGCUUUAGUUAGAAUUUAUUUAGAUAUAUUAGCUAUUUAAAAUAAAGGUGUAGAGGAGUUUGAGAGUUGAAGAAUUUGACCCUCUUCUCAUGAUGUCUCUCUCCACGUGAAGAAAUAAAUCACUGACAAAAACCCCACACUUUUGUCUUAAUAAAACAUAACUGGCAUGAAUCAUUAAGCAACCAUGUUAAACAUUUCUUCUUGUAGUAAAUGUGCACGUUUUUACUGAGCCAAAUGUGUUGAUGUAGAGCUGCCAGAAGUUUUUAGAUAUGCAUGAAUCUGCACUUGAGCAAAGGGAAGUGGUAAACAUUUAGAAUGCAUUGUGUAGACAACGCUCAGCAGAUUGUGCAACAAGAUAUAGUCACACGUUUUUUUUUAUAUUGCUCCUGUGGUUGUAAAUUGAAUCAUUAGAGUUUUUUUAUUAUGUUUUCACAUUGUUUAAUAAUGCUCUCACUCUUAUCUUUCACACUGAAAUAAACUGGAACAGUGCUGCAUUGUAUUAGCUGCUGGUUAUUAAAUGUAUCAAUCUUG